UCCAUCUCCACCAUCCAGCAGCCGCCAUGGACCAGACGCGGUGGGCGGACCUCCUGCCGGACUUGCUGUGCGAGAUCGCCGCAUGGCUGGACGACGUCGCGGACUUCGUCCGCUUCCAUGCCGUCUGCAAGCCAUGGCGUGCCUCACGCGACGAGGUGCGGCCGCCGUUGUUCCUGCCUUGGCUCCUCGCGGCGGACGGCAAAGAUUCGGCCGCCCUCCGAUUCAGAUGCAUCUUCUCCAAGUCCAGCUAUCGGUCCAUGCUGCCGUCCACGCCACCGAGGUACCGGGUGUGCAGCGCCACCGCCAUCAGAUACCUCACCAUUGAACAUCCCCGCCAUUGUCUCUACGAUCUUCUCACCCGAGAAACUGCCCAUAACAUGCCUCGUCUCCCGUACAACGUCCGCAGUCAGUGGGACAAGAAAAAUCCCCAGGGAAUUAUCUACGGCGAUGGCACGAUCCUGCUCUACAGCAGCAGCAUCACCAACGUCAGCUAUGAUCAUUCCAUCAGGGCCAUGUUCACGGCGGCUCUCCUGCACCCUGGGGACUCAAAGUGGACUCUCAUCGACAGGACUUUUGAUGACGUCAAACACUUGGAGUGCCAUGCUGCGUACCACGGAGGCAGGAUCCUGGUCACUAUGGUAACCGGUAGUAUCUUGCAGGUCAUCACGCCAGAAGCCGCUGCCACCGGUGACUUGUUGGUCCCUGGCGAAUACGAGUGCAAGGACUGCUACGUCUUUGAGUCCCAUGGCGAGCUGUUAUGGGCAUCGGUUCGCACCUCCUACAGUGUUUCCUGCAAAGAAGGUACCUGCAACGUUGAUGCCCUAUGGGUGUUGGUGCAUAAGCUAGAGGAGGAGAACGCGGCGGCGCAAGGGAAGAAGAUGCGGUGGGUGAGAAAAGAUAAGUGUAGCCUGGCGGAUUGUGUGUUGUUUCUUGGAUCGCCCAAUAGCUUCGCCAUAGACGCCUCGCGGCUGGGCAUUGCGCCUACUUCGUCUACGACAACAGUAAGGACCAAUGUAAGGCCUUCCCGCCUGGACAUUGUGGCGUUUUCAGGUACAACUUCCUCAAUGCCAAGACUGAUUUCGUAGAGCGGCUACCUCCAGGAUGGGAUGACGAGAGGUGCACGUGGCUCGUCCCGCAACCCGCUAUUGCUCCAAUUCAGGAAAUCACUAAGAGGUGCAAGGCUCUAGAAGUGAAGCACAAGCAGCAGAAGAUAUUAGGAUUAAACCCGACGUCCACGUAUACAUCUGUAUACGUCUCCGAGUAGUACUGCCAACUAGGAACGGAGUAGGUCUCGGUCUGUUUAGCUCCUUUAUAUUCCUGUGUAACCCCACGCUGUAAUCAACACAACGA